AUGAAGUUCCCCACCCUCGCUGCAAGCGUCCUAACCCUCUUCGGAGGCGUUAAGGCCAAGAAAUCGCCCUUCUUUAUCUUGACCGGUGACUCUACCGUUGCCACCGGUGGCGGUUGGGGCGAUGCGCUUCUGAACAGCACCAAGAAGCCCGCAGGCGGCAUCAACAUUGCCAAGAAUGGUGCAACGACUGUAUCUUUCCGAUCUCAGGGCUUAUGGGAUACUGCUCUUGAGAAUGUAAAGAGUCAUAAGAAAGAUCACGAGGCUAUUGUCACGAUUCAGUUUGGGCAUAAUGAUCAGAAGACUCUUACGCUGCAGGAGUACUCGGAUAACCUUGCUGUUAUGAUUGGUGAGGUCAAAGAGGCUGGAGGAACAGCGAUUAUCGUUACAUCCCUCACCCGUCGUACUUUCAAAGACGGAAAAGUCAUUGAGAACCUUAGCAACGAGCGCGAUGCAGCAAUUGCUGUUGCAAAUAAAGCUGGUGUCAAGUACCUUGAUCUUAAUACCGCGAGUACCAAGUAUGUCAACUCUAUUGGACAGGAGAAUGCCGACAAGUAUAACGAGAUUGAGGGAGAUCGCACUCACCUGAAUUUCUCUGGAAAGUUGGUGUUUGGAAGGAUUGUGAUGGAUUUGUUGGUUGAGAAGAGACGUGAUCUGGCACGAUAUAUUAAGACAAACAAAAAGUUGAGUCAGCUUAUUAGAGAUGGGAUUUAUGCUACUGGAGCGGAAUGA